AUUUUUAAUAGGCCUUUCUACGUAGGCCUAAAGUUAUGAAAUUUAUGUAGCAUUUACAUCAAAAUUUUUAAAUCAAAAUGACAUAAGCCACCCAAUGUAGAUGGAAUAUAAAUUUUUAAUAGGCCUUUCUACGUAGGCCUGAAGUUAUGAAAUUUAUGUAGCAUUUACAUCAAAAUUUUUAAAUCAAAAUGACAUAAGCCACCCAAUGUAGAUGGAAUAUAGAUUUUUAAUAGGCCUUUCUACGUAGGCCUGAAGUUAUGAAAUUUAUGUAGCAUUUACAUCAAAAUUUUUAAAUCAAAAUGACAUAAGCCACCCAAUGUAGAUGGAAUAUAGAUUUUUAAUAGGCCUUUCUACGUAGGCCUGAAGUUAUGAAAUUUAUGUAGCAUUUACAUCAAAAUUCUUACUUCGAAAUGACAUAAGCCACCCAAUGUAGAUGGAAUAUAGAUUUUUAAUAGGCCUUUCUACGUAGGUCUGAAGUUAUGAAAUCUAUACAAAAGUUAUAUUAUCAUUCUUACAUUUAAAUGACAUAGGCUGCUCGAUGUAGAAGCUAUAUUAAUUUUUGAUAUGUCUUUCUACGUAGACCUUAAGAAGCGAUUGUUUAUAAGAAAUAUAGGUAAGUAUCAACUUAUUUUGGCAUUUACUUGCUAAUUUAAUAUUCAAAAAUGGUUAUUUUGCAAUUUAAAUGGAGCGCAAAAGCGGGUACGUAAGGUAAUUAAUUAAUAUAUAUUCAAAUACAUUAUGCAUAUUAAUAUUUCCUUAAAAGUAAGAUGUUUACAAGAAAUGCUGUCGUUCCAAAAAUCUUAUUACACCCUGUAUAAAUUGUACCGAGGACCCUAGUUAUGAGGGUUUGGUGGUUGAGGGGGUUGAGAGGGAAGAACGUUUGCAUUCAUAACUUCAGGUAAGAAAAUCACCAAUUCACCUGACGAUGUACCUGAUCUUAGUCAGUGCUAUCUUAGUCAGUGAUGCAGUCGUAGUUUGUCGGUUUUUAUGAAAAGUAUAUCUCUGUACGAACGAAUAUUUUCUCUGUUAUUAUUCGUAUCAGAUUUUGAGUUUUAAAAUGGAAGAACAACGUCGAUUAUUAACAAAACUGCGCGUUCAAAAACAUCGACGACUGAAGAAAGAAAUAGAUAAGUGGCAAUCUUUGGUAGAUGAAAGGACAAGUGAUGUUGUAAGAGAACCUAAUAAUGAACCUUCAAGCAGUGCAGUAAAUAAUGAAAAUAACGAUGAACGUUAUAAUCAACAUUGUAAUCAUGCUACAGAUUCCGAGGAGAUAGAAAAUGAUAAAGAGAUAAAAUCGAAAAACGACGAAAAUAAACAUAAAAAAUUAAAAAUGCAAGACAAUAUAAUUUUUGACCAUGAAAAGGAUUUAAGUGAAGUAGCUGUAGAUGAAGAAAACAAAGGUGACGAGAUAGAGGUUAGAAAUUUAAAGGAAAUAGCUCAUCAAGAUGAAGAUCAAAAAGCUGAGGAGUUAGAAAUAGAUGAAGAAUUUUCUGAUUGUGAAGAUGAAGAAUCCUAUUACAGUUACGACGAAAGAGACGAAUAUCAAUCUAGCGACUUAGAAGACUUGCUGCAAAAUUCGGAAGAUGAUGAGGAAGAGCAAAUAAGAGAGUGGGCAAUUAAGGGUAACAUUUCUUGGGUUCUCAUAUCUCAAUUGCUGCUUAUUUUACGACGCCGAUUAAUGCCGGAACUUCCAAAGACUGCGUCAACAUUUUUAAAUGUAAAGUCAAAAUUCAAUAUUAAAUCUAUGAAAAGUUCUUUGUAUAACACUGCCGAAUUUGUGUAUUUUGGACUGGCAAAAGGUCUUGCUUCAUGUUUUAAUCCUUUGCUUCAUCCAGAUGGAACUAUCUUUUUAGAUAUUAAUAUCGACGGAGCUCCUCUUUAUAAAUCAAGUUCAAAAGAAUUUUGGCCUAUACUGUGUCGAAUUCAUUACCCCGAUGACAAUGUUUAUGCUCCUUUUCCAGUUGCAAUUUAUUUGGGUACCGGAAAACCUCAAGAUUUAGAUUUGUUUUUAGAUGAGUUUAUUGAUGAAUUAAAUAAUUAUCAAAAAACUGGAAUUGUACUAGGAGAUAAAUUGUACAAAAUAAGGAUUAAAAGUUUCAUUUUGGACACUCCCGCGAGAGCCCUUGUAAAAUGCGCAAAAGGCCAUGCAGGUUAUUUCUCUUGUGAGAGAUGUCAGAUAAAAGGCGAAAGGUUUGAAAAACGUACAAUUUUUGUAGACACAAAUGCAAAGGAAAGAACAGAUAAAAGUUUUCGUGAUCAAACACAGCCUGAACACCACAAAGGCAUAUCUCCGUUAUUGAAAUUGUCGGGUUUGAAUAUGGUUACAAUGUUUGUUUUAGAUUUUAUGCACUUAGGCUUUUUAGGAAUAAUGAAAAAGUUGCUUUCUUUGUGGUUAAAUAGCACAAUUCGUAAGUUUAAAUUUUCAUCAUCGCAAAAAGAAAAAGUCAAUUUUAUGUUACAUGAGUUAAAAACUCAAGUGCCUUGUGAAUUUCAACGUAAAACUGAGUCCUUAAACGAAAUCUCAUUAUGGAAAGCUACCCAAUUUAGUUUUUUUCUUUUGUAUGCCGGUAUAGUAAUACUUAAAAAAAUUUUAACACCUCAGUAUUACAAUCAUUUUUUGCUCCUCUUUACUAGUUGCAGAAUUUUGUGUUCUAAGGAAUUAGCAAAAAUAUAUUAUGCCGAUGCUAAAUUAUAUUUGACAAGAUUUGCUUCAAUUAUGGUAAAGUUGUAUGGAAAAUCUACAAUGUCAAUUAAUUUGCAUAACCUUAUUCACAUAGCAGAUGACGUAAAAAACAUGAAUUGCCAUUUAAGUUUAAUUAACAGUUAUGCGUUUGAAAAUUUAUUAGGUAAAAUGAAAAGAACUUUGCGAUCAGGGAACAAACCUCUACAACAGCUGUGUAAUCGCAUGCAUGAAAUAUUUUUUAGAAGAAAUAAAGUUACUCCGACUCCGAAGAUAUUAUCAAUAAUAAAAGAAAAUGAAUCCCAGGUUUCAAAAAUAAAGUAUCAACAAGCCGUGCUUACUACAAAAAGUCCUGACAACAUGGUACUUCUUGAAAAUGGCAAAUGCGUUGAAAUAAAAAAAAUUUAUAGGGAUAGUCAAAAUAUUGAUGACAUUAAUAUACAAGGUGUAGAAUGGAUUAAAGAAAAACCAUUUUUUACAUAUCCAACAAGUUCUGAAACUUUCGGAAUUUGGAAACUAAAUGAAAAGCCAAGUAAUAAAAAGGAGAAUAUUUCUAUUUACAAAAUUAAAAAAAAACUUGUGAAGUUAACUGUAAGAUCAGCUCCAGAUGAACCGAAAACCGUCGUUGUUAUACCACUACUUCAUUGAAAAUGAUUGAGGGGGGGAUGCUGUAAGGAGAUACAAACGAUUUUUGUUGACCUUUUGCGAAUAGCCGAAUUUUUGUUGUGCGCGGGUAAUUCUACAACUAAUCAUAUGAUUAUAGCUUUAUAGCUUAUAGCUUUAUUUAAGCUUAUAGCUUUCACCCUCACAGCAUUGGAUAUCUUGGGAUAUCCUAUGUGGAUAUCUGUAGGAUAUCAUGUGGAUGUUUGAAAGAAAUUCUAAUAUCCUACAGAGGUGAAAUAGAGAUGUCUAUAAGAUAUCCUCUGGAUGUCACAGGAUAUCUCUAAGAUAUCUUCAGAAUAUCCCUAAAAUAUGUAAAUUAUACUUUUCGGAUAUCCUGGAGAUGUCUUCCAGAUGUCCUACCUAUGUCCUUUGGAUAUCUCUUGCAUAACAACAGAUUAAUUAUAAAAUAUUUUUUAAUUAUUUUAAGGAUAUCCACCAGAUGUCCUUAAGAUAACCUUUAAAUACUUAAUAAAUAUCUCAUUUAAAUAUUUAAUAAUAACACGGAAUCUGCAGGAUAUCCGUAGGAUAUCCACAAGAAGUUUAUUAAAUAUUAGAAUAAUAAUGUGAAAUCCCAACAAAAAC